AUGGAAAUCGAGAUUGAUUUCCGACUUUGUGAGGAAAGAAAGCUUCGCGAUGGUCACUACAAUAUUGUUUUUGCUCAUCCAGAAACUUUGGUUUCAAGUAAAUAUGGACGGGAGUUAUUAUUAAGUGAAACAUACCAAGAAAGUGUGAUUGCAAUAGUUGUUGAUGAAGCUCAUUGCAUGUAUUGUUGAAUGGUUAAUAUCACAUUUCCUCUUAUGCAAUCAAUCAACUCCAAGCAGUUUUAAUAUCCAAUAUUUUAUUUUGUUUAUAAGUGAUUUUGUUCUCGUAGAGAAUAUUAUAUUCUUUAUGUUUACAUGUAUUUAUUCUCUAUGUUUGCAAGUAGUAAAUAUAGUGCAUUAUUUAGUGUGGUCACUGGUCAAUUCAGUAUUAAAAACUAUAUAUUUGUAUCCUAUUAUUCGUUCACCUACUAUACCCUGUAUUUUGUUACAUGUGUUUUCAUGUAGUGACCACACUAAACAAUGCACUAUAUUAACUACAUGUAAACAUACAAAAUACAGACCUCGCAACUUUGCAGAGAAAUUAAGAGUGAGAUUGGGGAUGUGGAUGACCCCUUUGUAAAAGUCCGGGGGUCUGAAAUGGCAUUUCGUACAUGAUGAGAGUUGGUGUUUUUUAAUGAAAUACAUUGCUUCAUAACGUCCUUUAAGGUGCUGAUUACAUGGUGCCGAGCUGGCCCGGUUAACCGGGCUGACUCGUUUGUUUAGGACCUUACUGUGGUUUUAAAACUCGCGUAAAAUAAAUUUGUGAUAAAUAAUUGGUUUAGUAUAGAUACAAAAUCAUCCUAAACCCGAUUUAAAACUCAUUUUGCGGCCCAAGGAAGAUUUUCGUGAUAUUUUUCAGCCCGGUUAACCGGGCUGGCCCGGUCCAUGUAAUCAGCCCCUAAGACAAGGCACUUUAGUUACAAUAACUGUAUUUCUGCGACAUACAUGCAGUAAUGAGCUUUAAUUUGCCUUUGAUAAUUUACAUAUAGAAUUCUGCUCCGACUGAUUCUUCCUUUUGACCACCGUAUUUACAUAUGCGUACUAUUUUGUAUCCAAAUUGCGGGCAAAAUGUCGGGCCGUAAUUAUGCAGGAACAUGAAUAACACGCGAUUAUAUAUUCGAUUUGCGACCCGUAUAAUGAUUAAUAAUGUGCCUUUAAGAAUACAAUAUUAUAUUAUUGAAAAAUACUAUGAAACUGCUAUAUGCGUGAGAUUUACUAAACGUUGGCGUGAGAGUGAAGCGAAUUGCGUGAGACUCACGCCGAAUGCGUGAGAGUUGAGGGGUCUGAAAAUAACUACAUGUAAACAUAGAGAAUAUAUUAUUGUAUCAUAUACUUACCUUCUAUUUUGUUUUGACUGUUGCAGGAGUACCAACCAGAAAAGAUUAUGGCAAAUUAGGAGUGCUGUGUGCACUUUUUCCCGAUGUUCCCUGUCUUGCCAUGACCGCUACAGCAAGUCGGACUGACAUGAAUGCUAUCUACGAGUUGCUAGGCUUGAAGAAGUGUGAAUAUAUUGUGGCCAAUCCUGACAGGAAAAAUAGCUAUUAUAAAAAAGUGUUUAGACAUGGACAAGAUGCUGAUGCUAUUCAAUCCAUUCUGACACCAAUUGCCAAAAGUCUGUUGAAAGAAAAGACUGCAUACCCACUUACAAUUGUGUAUUUGCCUUUGAGGUUGUGUGGAUUUGCUUAUAAGCUAUUUGAAUAUGUUCUUAGUGCUGAACAAUAUUUCCCUCCUGGCUCUGCUGCCCAUUCCUGCAAACCGGUUUUUUGCACAAUUCCAUGCUCCAUAAACUGUUGA